AUGGAGUUUAACAAAAUGAGUUGGGUCUUAGCUUUUCUAGGGUUUAUGUUCUUGGGUAGGAUUUGCAAGGCUGAUGGCGCUACCCAUUUUUAUGAUUUUUUUCUACAAGAAACAAAUUUUACAAGGCUUUGCAGCACAAAGAGCAUCCUAACUGUGAAUGGCAGUUUGCCUGGCCCGACCAUCACUGUUCAGAAAGGAGAUACUGCUUUUGUCAAUGUCCACAACCAAGGAUUGUACGGUCUCACAAUUCAUUGGUAA